AUGGGCUUUGGCGCGUUUGCGUCGGCGGCGCCCAAGACGGGCACGUCCAACCGCAAGCGAGCGGCGCGCAGUCAAGCCGGCACCGGGUUUGCGAGCUACUCGGACCUGACGUCGCGACAGGAGGCCAAGCUGCGGAAGGAGCUGGAGGUGCUGGAGCGUGACAGUGGUGCGGGCGUGGGGCCUCGUGACGCGGCGAUUCCCAUCCCGGCAAAAGCCGUCAAAGCCCAGAACAAGCACACGCCGACGGUGCGCAAGAUCCUGGCGUCGCAAAAGACGUUUGCCAACCACCUCGACGAUUUUCUGGCCAUGACGGCGCUUCACGAGAACAGCCACAAUGAGGGGACACCGAGCGGACGAGGAGCAGCAGCAGCAGCAGCAGUGCCAUCGACAGCAACGUCAGAAGCGGAGACGGCGCCUGCUAGCGGAAGGGGCAAGCGGACAGCCAAGAAGGAGGCAGCUAAGCGGGAGAGCAAGAAGCGGCAAUCGAUAUCAACGACGGCAAAAGUCGCUCCGACUGACGACACGCCCAUGCCAGAAGCAUCCGCUGCCGCUUCUUCGACGCCAGAAACACCAGCGCCGCCGUCAUCGGCCAUCCUCCGGCCGUACGCGGGACCACGGCCGGCACCCCAGACGUCCGACGGCGACCCGCUGCUCGUCAGCUACGUGCCACCGCUACCAACGGACGACGAGCUGCGCGCGCUGCUGGCAGCCCCACCGCUGUCGUACGCCGAGGCGCGGGCGACGUGGCCGACAGAGAGCGCGGCCGGCGGCAGCGCGCCCGAGCGACGUUAUCCGGCGCGGGUGUUUUGCGAGAUCUGUGGUUAUUGGGGACGGAUCAAGUGCACCAAGUGCGGGACGCCGCUCUGUGCGUUGGACUGUCUGGAGAUGCACCGAGAAGACUGUAUCACGCGGUAUGGGCUGUAA